AUUGCAUCGUCUGUGGACCUAUUUGGGCGGUAAGCAAAUUGGAGUGGGUCUAGGGUGUCAGGUAGGGUGGAGGUGAUAUGGUCCUUGACUAGUGUUAUUCAUUUUUUUUACGAUUAAAGUAUUUUACCUGUGUAAUCUAGUAUUUAUUUCAUAAACCUUCCUUGAAAAAAAUUGUACGGUGGGUGUGUCAGUCUUGACGCACUUUUUGCGUCGCUAGAAUCUGAUUGGCACCUCACAUUCGACUCCUACGUGAGCCACCUCUCACCGGUUCCGGGGACCAGCAACGGAGUUUGUUCCUGGAGCUGCCUGUGUUUUGAAAGGAUAUCGAAAACACAUGUUGUUUUGUGUCAAAAACGUAAUUAUUGAUUAAAUAUCAAAACAUGGCGGUGAACACAGGCACAUCCCUGGUUCUGUCCAGUCUGUUCUCUGUGUUGGUGUUUGCUGGGAUGCAGAUGUUCAGCAGACAGCUGGGCUCUACAGAGUUGCUCACCAUCCUGGGAGGCUUCCUGGGCUCUGUCCUCUUCAUCUGCUCCCUCACAGCCUUCAAUAACCUGGAAAACCUCAUUUUCGGCAAGGGAUUCCAGGUCAAGAUCUUCCCAGAGAUCCUGGUGUGCCUGUGCCUCUCUCUGUUUGCCUCUGGGCUGGUGCACCGUGUGUGUGUCACCACAUGUCUGAUAUUCUCUCUGUUCGCCCUCUACUACAUCAACAAAGUGUCUGCUGCUCUGUACCAGGCAGCCGUUCCCACGGUAAUGCCAGCCAAGGCUGCCAGCAAGAGCAAGAAAAAGAACUAAGUCACUAAUUAGAUCAAACUUUCAUACCGUCAUCCAAUCAGCAUCCACUACAACGGCUAACCAGGCAAGGGAGAAAUGGUGUAGGUUAGCCAAUGACAGUGUACCCCAGUUUCCUUUUUGUAGGUCGUGCCAACCAGC